GUUCCUGUGCUCUCGUCGCAUUGCAUGACGGGAGCAGCGCAGAGCAGACUUCGCUAAGAAGCUCGGCCACGCCCGUUAGUCAGUCGCGCGCUGUAGCUCAACCACGCGUUGGGUUUAGGGAGUACAGCAUUUGGCUACCUACCGAACUGGGUACAAGUAACCCGAGUGUCAAGACCCGUCAUACACGCGCUCCUCAAAACAUAGCCACUAGCCGCCAUUGCCAUGCCGGCAUGCCGGCCAUGCCGUCCGUGAUGAGCUCACCAGCGCCGGCCCUCGUGCUCCUCCUCCUCGCGGCAAGCAUAGCAGCUUCUCAUGCGGGAGUAGCCUGCGGCGACUCCCCUGGUUCUACUUCUCCCUCCCGAGCACCGGCACCGUCGCCGCCGACGUCCAACACCACCAACAGCAGCGCGUUCCGCGCCAACGUCCUCGCGCUCCUGAACGCCUUGCCCCAUGCGGCGGCGUCCUCGGGCUUCGCCUCCCUCUCCUCCGGCGCCGGCGGCGACCGCGCCUUCGUCCGCGGCAUCUGCCGCGGCGACUCCACGCAGUCCGAGUGCCUCGCGAACCUGGAGGUAGCCGUCCGCGACUUCGGCGGCAGGUGCGCCUCCAGCCGGAGCGCGGCGGCGUGGUACGACAAGUGCUGCGUCACCUACGCCGACACCAACGCCUCGGUCGGCUACGAGGACCUCCUGCAGGAGGUGCUGUUCGACCGCAACAAAGUGUCCGACCCGGACAGCUACGACCGGACGUACUACGAGCUGAUGAAGAGCCUCGCGGCGCGGGUGGCCGGAGGGGCCGGCGGCGGCCCGGCGCGGAUGAGCAUGUUCGCCACCGGGCAGGCGGUGUACGCACCCGGCGAUCCCAAAGGGACGAUGUACGGUCUCAUGCAGUGCAUGAGGGACCUCAGCGCCGCCGAGUGCGGCCGGUGCCUGCGGUUGAUCGUACCAAAGCUGCCGACCUGCUGCUCGGGGUAUCAGGGAGGGGUGGCGCGAAACUUCAACUGCCACCUUCGGAUUCAAGUGUAUACCUACUACGACCUGGCGCUCAACGCUCCGCCUCCGGCUCCGGCACCACCGGGAUCUGUCCCCUUCCCCUCGCAGUCGUCCCCCGACGAGAGGCGCGGAAGGAGGAGGAGAUUACAGCAUGUCAUCCUUGUUGUCGCCAUUUCUGUUGGAACACUAUUUGUUCUAGUCGUCGUGCUUGCUUGUGUUCGCCGGCAGAGGAGAAGAAUCAAGCAGGUGAACAAGGAACACCAAGACAAUGCAGGGGAGGGCAUGAACUAUAUUAGUCUCCAGGUGUUGAGAGCUGCAACAUCCAAUUUCUCUAUAAGCAAUAAACUCGGGGAGGGAGGAUACGGAGAGGUUUUUAAGGGCGAAUUGCGGGACGGAAAGGAAAUAGCGGUCAAAAGGCUGUCAGCAAACUCUACUCAAGGGUUCAAUGAAUUGAAAAAUGAGCUAGUGUUAGCUAACAAACUUAAGCACAAGAAUCUGGUGCAGCUUCUCGGCGUUUGCUUGCAAGAGAAACUGCUGGUGUACGAAUACAUGCCUAAUGGAAGCCUAGACACGGCCCUUUUUGCAGAUCCUGAGAAGGCAAACCAACUGGACUGGACGAAAAGAACAGGUAUCAUCUCCGGGAUUGCUCGAGGUCUACUGUAUCUCCACGAAGACUCCCGGCUUAAAGUCAUACACCGUGACCUGAAGCCAAGCAACGUGUUACUGGACGUGGACAUGAACCCCAAGAUCUCAGACUUCGGUCUGUCUAGGGCUUUUGGUGGAGAUCAGUCGAUUGAUAUAACGAAACGGCCUGUCGGCACACUUGGAUACAUGUCUCCGGAGUAUGCGUACUGCGGCCAAGUCUCCACCAAGUCAGACAUGUACAGCUUCGGAAUCAUCGUUCUAGAGAUUGUGACGGGUCGAAGGAACAAUAGGUCGCUCGAAGAUAAUAAUUCGGCCUCCAGAUUUCUGCUCAGCUAUGUAUGGGAUAAGUGGAGCGCAGGGACGACGCAUGAGGUGGUGGAUCCUUCCCUGCGCGGGCGUUACCCCGAGGGAGAGGUGCUCAGGUGCGUGUGGAUCGGGCUGCUGUGCGUCCAGGAGGACCCGAGCGCCAGGCCGGACGCGGCGGAGGUGGUCCUCAUGCUCGACAGCCACUCCACGUCCAUCACCAUGCGGACUCCCUCCAGGCCGGCCUUCUGCUUCACGCAGCCCGGCGUCGUCAACCCGGUGCUCGGUUACUCAGCCCCCGGUUCAAACAAUGAAGUGUCCAUCUCCGAUCUCCAGCCUAGGUAGGUCGUAGGAGUAGGACGAUCUACGUAGCACAAGUUUGUGCAAUGCCAGAAUACCUACCACCAUUUCCAGUGAUGUGUUGGGCCUUCACUUGUUACUGAAGAAGAAGAAGAAGAAGCAAACUGUGAACCAUACAUAUACGUACAUGUGAUGCGUUGCAAACUCGGAAUCAUUGUAAAGCGUAAAUGACGAACCUUCGAAGUA